UCGUAAUUUAUUUUCCUUCUUUUUUUCUAAAUUAAGGUUCUUUCAUUUCUUUCUCUUCAAAUUGGUCAAUUUUGUUCCUUCAAAUUUCUUUUUCCUUUUGUUUCUAUUUGAAGUUGAAGCAACGUUUGGCCUUUUAUGACUAAAGAAAGCUCAGGCUAAGGCUCAGAAUUUCCUGUUUCUGGUUUCCAUCUUCUUAAGCGAAUCAUUUUCGCUUCUGCAUUUGGGAACCAUUUCGAAGUUCUUCCCCUUCUUCUUUUUUUCCCUCAGAUAUUUGUGCAGCAAGUGAUUAGGAGGCAAACUUAUUUCCGCAUUGUCAUUUUCAUAACACACAUUCCUCCGUUUGAAGCAAAUUGAAAGUGAUGUGAUGUUGUUCCACGGCCAUGUACUUGAGUAAUUGAAUUUCUAAAGCUUGAGGAAAGGAUAUAGGGGGAUUGAGAUGGACGUCGCGGAUCUUUUAACAUCUGCCGGGAUCAAUAUAUCUGUAUGCGUUGUGGCUUUUUCUUUGUAUUCCGUACUGAGGAAACAACCAAGCAAUGCAUGCGUGUAUUUCACCCGGAGAUAUAUUUCGGAAACGAUUCGGCAUGAUGAUCCUUUCAGCCUUCAUAGAUUCGUGCCAUCGGCGGGAUGGAUCAUGCAAGCCUGGCGAGCGACCGAUGAGGAAAUUUUGGAAGCUGGUGGUAUUGAUGCUGUAGUUUUCAUGAGAAUAGUUGUUUUGAGUAUUCGGAUAUUCAUCAUUGCUGCUGUUAUUUGCGUUUUCCUAGUGCUUCCGGUGAAUUAUUAUGGAAAAGAUAUGGAGCACAGGAAUUUCCGUUUUGAAUCAAUCGAUGUAUUCACUAUUGGAAAUGUAGAAGAAGGUUCAAAAUGGCUUUGGGCACAUUGUCUUGCAUUAUACAUCAUAACCUGCGCAGUGUGUGUUCUACUUUACCUAGAGUAUAAAAGCAUCACUAAAAUGAGGCUAGCGUAUAUUACUGGAUCCCAUCCCAAUCCAAGUCACUUCACAGUUCUUGUCCGUGGCAUUCCGUGGUCCCAGGAUCAUUCAUACAGUAAGUCAGUGGAGAGCUUCUUUUCAACUUAUUAUCCAGAUACCUAUGUGGACCACCAGAUGAUAUAUCGGCCUAGUACAGUUCAUAAAUUAAAGAAGGAUGCAAAGAAGAUGUACAGAAUUCUAAGACCUGUCGAGACAGAGUAUGUACGGGGUGAUAAGCCAUGUUAUCUCUGUGGAGGAACUGCACAUACCUUUAAGUUGCUUCAAAAUGGAGAAGACAGCAUUAGAAGUCAAACCAGCAUUGAUGAAUUACAUCCUACUCAAAUUGAAAAGGAAUGUCCCGCUGCUUUUGUUUUCUUCAAGAAUCGUUAUGCUGCUGUUGUUGCUGCACAAGUUCUUCAAUCAUCAAAUCCCAUGUUAUGGGUGACACAACUAGCUCCAGAGCCACAUGAUGUUUAUUGGUCAAACCUUGGCAUACCAUACAAGCAAGUUUGGGUCCGUAAAAUAGUAGUUCUUCUAAUUGCUUUGGCCUUUGUGUUUGUGUUUCUUUUUCCAGUUACACUUGUGCAAGGCUUGACUCAACCACAAGUGCUAAUACAUUGGUUUCCACAAAUUAAAGAAGUUUUAAAACUGAAGUUUCUAAACCGGCUGGUAACAGGUUACCUACCAAGUGUGAUUCUGAUAUUAUUUCUGUAUACUGUUCCACCAAUCAUGAUGCUGUUAUCCAGAAUCGAAGGAAAUGUUUCACGUAGUGAUAGGAAAAGGAGUGCAUGCAUUAAAAUUUUAUACUUCACAAUCUGGAAUGUUUUCUUCGUUAAUGUUCUUUCCGGAUCCUUUAUCAACCAAAUGAGUAUUUUCUCACAAAUUAAAGAGCUGCCCAUGAUGCUUGCCAAACAAGUGCCUACCCAGGCUACCUUCUUUACAACUUAUGUUCUGUCAUCAGGCUGGGCUAGCUUGGCCUUUGAACUCCUACAAUUGUUUGCUCUUAUUUGCAAUAUCUUGAGAAGAUUCAUACUAAGAAGUAAGAAAGAGCCAACUAAUAUUGCUCUAACCUUCCCUCACCAUACUGAAAUUCCCCGACUUCUUCUGUUUGGGCUCCUCGGCUUUACACUUUCUAUCCUUGCACCCAUAAUACUGCCCUUCUUGCUGGUUUACUUCUUUCUUGCCUUCCUUGUCUAUCGAAACCAGAUUCUCCAUGUAUAUGUAACAAAAUAUGAGAGCGCAGGACAGUUCUGGCCUAUUGUUCACAACGCAACAAUCUUCUCUUUAGUGUUGACACAGGUUAUUGCGGUGGCAGUCUUAGCCAUGAAAAAAUCGCCAAUGGCUUCUGGUUGCACCAUUCCCCUCAUAAUAAUCUCUCUUCUGUUCAAUGAGUACUGCAGAAAGAGGUUUUCCCAGGUUUUCAAGAGGAACCCUGCACAGGUUCUUAUAGAGAUGGAUCGACGAGACGAGCAAUGGGGGAAGGAAGAAGGGAUAUAUAAUCGGUUGCGAUCAGAAUACUGCCAGUUAGCCUAUAUUUCAAGGGACUUGACCAUUUCUAAGGAUUUUAGUGUUGCCGGACCCAACCGGCAGAGUCGUACUGAUCAUAAUAGUCCCCAAGGUGCAGAUGAGAAUUCACUGAAGCAAGGAACUCACCAUAUUAAAUUACAGAAAUAGUGGGCAGUCGUCCAUAGCAGUUCAGAAAAGGGGAGGGACCUAAAACUGAUUCAUUGAUUUCAUUCAUUCUUAUUCUUUAGAGAAACAUAAAUGAUUAGAGGCUGUGUUAGAUGGCAAUGGGAAAAUAGCAAGUAGGAUAUGAAGAGUAGGUGACAUUUUUUGGCUCUACUUUCCAUUAUGAUUCUCAUAGUUUGUGGAGCACAGAUACGAUUAGACAACAAGCACAGAUACAGUUUGAUAUGUAUACCAUACAUUGUAGAAUUUCAAAGGAAAAAGUAAAGAGUGUUGUUCUAUCUUGUUAAUGUGGGAAACAUAAUCAAAUCAUACUUCCUUGAUUAC